CAAUUUAAUAUCUCUAAGUUUGUUAAUAUGGUAUUAUAAGAUUAGUAAGGUUUAAAGAUAUGAAUGUAUUUUAGUUACAUAUCAAAAAUGUUUAUUGAUAAUGGAAUAAUUAUAAGUGGAGAUGAGAAUGGAGAGGGGGUGGCAAAAAAAAACAUUUUUAAACUUUUUGAUUAUUGACAUGGGUUCCCUUCCUACUUAUUAACUAUUUCUGCAGUGGAAAGAUAAGCAACAUUGUUCUACGUGUCAAGAUCUAAUGAUGUGAUUAAAAACUAGACUACGGCUACACUAGUAGUCUUCGACUUAUGACCAUAAUGGAAACUGCCCAUCACAAUUUUAAAUCAUGAUGGUCAAGAUUUUAAAUCAAAUGGGUUGAUAGAUGACCAACCAGAUUUUAUGACUUUUUAGGGGAAGUUAAGCAAUGUUGCAAUCAUGAAGCAAACCAAUGGUUUGCUAUAGUUGGGUGCCAAAAUCAGCAAAAUCAUUCUAAAAUGUAGUUACACGAUUAUGAGAUGCUGCGUAAAUGCAGCCCAGUUGCAAAGCUCCCAAAAUUCAGUCAUGUGACUAUCAGAAUUUUGAAUCCAGAUUUUAAGUAGGUCCGUUGUAACUUUGGUCACUGAGUGAUCAAUCAUAAGUUGAGGACUAUCUAUAUGUAGCACAAUGUACACGAUAUUAUUUCCUUUAUACUGUAUUUUUUUAAUACUACAAUUAAAUUAAUGCAUAAUCUCAGUGAACCAUUAAGAUUAUUCUAUUUUUUUUUAAAGGAAAAGUGAAUGCUAUUACUGAAUAGCCAAUCCUUAAGGGCUUGGUUAUUUGCCCCACCAGAAUUGGCUAUUAGGUUGUUACUGAGGUAUAUUGGCCAAACCAAUAGCCUGAAGCUUGUGGGAAUUGGACUACAGCCAGAUUUUUCCCGGCUAUUUUUGAAUAUGAUGACACCACCAAGAUGCAGACAUUGGUCUCACCCAUUAGAGGAAGAGCGUCUAAGGCAGUGCACCGAAAUGGCCUUUGAAAAUUCUCACUCAAAUUGGUGUGUAUCAAAAUUGAACAAAGCGUUUCUCCAAACUGAUUAAGGGAAGAGAAAAAUUCUCAAACAAUUUGCAAGAAGUUUCAGAAGAAUGUAUUAUUAUUACUAUUUUUUAGUGAUGAUGGAAGAAUUGAGACUGAAAAAGUUCCAAGGGAGAAAGUCCUUAGUGACGUCUUUCUUCAGGAUUUAAGUAAAGCCAGGGAGGCUUGCAGACCUCUGGAGAAAUAACUUUGCAAUUAAAAGCCAGGAUCUUCAUGCAGAUCCUUCAAGAAGGCCUCUAAAUAACAAAAAUAUCUCACUUAUUCCAUGAACAUUUAUCUGAAAUGCCUUUCUCCUUUGACAGAAAAAUUGAAAGCAAUUUUUCCUUAAACGAGAACUACAGGAAAUGUUCUUGGCCAGUCACUAGGUGAGGAAGCCACUGGUCUCCGAGGAAAAAACAAAAACAAAAAAACCCAGCCCAAUCACGUAGUGCUGACACAGGAUGAUUUUCUAGCUCUUUCCUGAGCGAUGCACCAACGAGAUCGUUUCUCUCCAGCCAAACGCCGAGUCGUGCAGCUUGUAGAUUCGGGCUUCUCCGGCGACGUCCGUGUAAGGAAAUGCUGCAAGAUGCUCCCAUGCCAUCCGCGGCUCCAGAGACCGAGGCUCCGGCGGUUGGAAGAGAGCAGCCCGGUUUUUUAAAAACGCGGCCGCAGGACCUAAGUCUUUCGAGCUCUCCGCCUUUUCUAGCCAAGGAACGGAAAUUUGUCUUUCGUCCUCCACUUUCCGCCCCCUCCCCGGUGCUGGUGUCGCUGUUGCUGAAGGGAAGUGAAAAUGAAAUCGGCUUUUCUGAGAAAUGAUGAAAGCGGCCGAGCCCGCCAAUGAGCAGCUGCGUCCAACUUCCGCACCUCUUUCACUCCAGCCCCCACCUCCCUUCUGCACAAACAGGCCUCGGAGAGGUGGAGGAGGGGGGGGGAGGAAGGGAAGGGAGGAGGAAUUUCCAAGAUUGGACUCCUCGCUCCUUCUCGCCUUGUUUUGCUUUCGAUCUGGCGUCAGGACUAAUCCCCGCCAAAUGCAGAGGAGGAAUAACUUUUAGUUUUGCUCCCGCGAUUUAUUCCGUCGCCGGUUUUCCUUUCCAUUUUGCGUCUCUUGGCAACCGUGACAACCUUGAGGAAUUACAUAAAUACCGGGAAACACAUAAUUGACCAAGCAUGGAAACAGUGACAAGAUUUCAUGCCUUAAGGAUGAAGCAAGACUCUGGCAUCCACAAACUUCGUGUUGACUGACAAACUCAGCUAAAAUGUAGGAAACAAUGCCUGUGGAAAGAAUGCGAAUGCGGCCAUGGCUAGAGGAACAAAUAAAUUCAAACAAAAUCCCAGGGCUGAAAUGGCUAAAUGAGGAAAAGAAGAUUUUUCAGAUUCCUUGGAUGCAUGCCGCACGUCAUGGGUGGGAUGUUGAGAAAGAUGCUCCUUUAUUUCGGAAUUGGGCCAUUCACACUGCCUUCACAGACCCCUUGUGAUGACAUCAUGGAUCUUCAGGGGUCGACGGACCACAGGUUGAGAAGCACUGAUCUAGAACUCUGUCUAGCUGUAAAGUCUUUAAAAGGAAAGUACCAGCCAGGAGUCGAUAAAGCAGAUCCAAAAACAUGGAAGGCCAAUUUUCGAUGUGCGAUGAACUCCUUGCCAGAUAUAGAAGAAGUUAAAGACAAAAGCAUCAAGAAAGGCAACAAUGCUUUCAGAGUGUAUCGGAUGUUGCCGUUAUCCGAGAGGCCUUCUAAGAAAGGAAAGAAACCCAAGUCUGACAAGGAAGAUAAAGUUAAACAAAUUAAGCAAGAACCAGAGGAGUGCUCUUAUCAGCUGAGUAAUGGAACAAGUCCAGAAUUUUCUAAUUACUGCUUGUCUUCUGCAAUAAAAACUGAAGUUGACAGUACAAUAAACAUUGUAGUUGUAGGAGAAUCACACUUUGAGGUUGGUUCUGGGGAUCACAUGAUAGUUCCCAAUCCUCCAGAUAUUUGCCAAGUAGUAGAGGUAACAACAGAAUGUGAUGACCAGCCCAGCUCCAUGAGUCAAUUAUAUCCACUACAAAUCUCUCCUGUCUCCUAUGCAGAAUUCAUAUUUUUAUCCCUACUGUGUCCAGCAGAAAGUGAAACAACAGAUAGUAUGCCAAGUGAUGAAGAAAAGGCACAUAGUCAACUUCAGUGGGAAAAGAAAAACAUCGGUGGGAAACAAUAUUAUAGCAAUUUGGGCACAAGGAAUCCACCUUACCCACUUCCUGGUAUGGCCACCUUUGUGACUUCUAACCAACCUGACCUACAGGUGACCAUCAAAGAAGAAAGCUGCCCUUUGCCUUAUAGCAGCUCAUGGCCUUCUUUUCCAGAUCACCCUCUCCAACAAAUAGUUUGCUCAGCUUCUACCAGCUAUAGUAGCAGGCCUCCAGAUCAUGAAAAUCGGGCAAGUGUCAUCAAGAAAACCUCAGAUAUCACCCAGUCAAGAGUCAAGAGCAGCUAAGCCAUUCACUGAUAUGUUCCUGGCAGAUGGUAUUUUAUGGCUUUGAGGAGCAUAUCUAGUGAAUGCUCUACAAAUUUAAAGAAAACCUGGAUAGCACAGGAUAUGACUGUGUUCAACUACAGCAUUGGAGCAUCUUAAACUCAGGAUUCUGAUCAUCAGAAUGAUGGAGUUCCAAGAUUACAGCCCAGGGAAUGGAGGUUCACUUAGAAAUGUAUCGCCAAGCUUCAUCAAGCAACCUUCCUACCAAUCCCUCCAAACAGAGGCACUUCACUUCUUGCAGCCACCCUAAUGAACUCCAAACCUUUGGAAUGAAAGAGAAAAUGUGAACUCGCUGGAUUUUUUUUUCUGCAGAAUCUAUUGUUAAUAUGUACAUAAUGCAGCACUAGCAAUACUGCAGUCUGCUUUCGCACCUUAUUAAAAAAAAUAGCACUUGCAAAAAAAGGCCUUUUAUUAAUUAAUGGCACAUUUAAAGCUCCAGGUUUGAUCUUUCCAAAGGCUUUUCUGACAUAUGUAGCCUUGGAAUCUGGAAAUAUGAAUUAAAAAGGAAGGUAAAACCUCCCAUGUACAUUUCACAGAUUGUUCUGAAGAGUGCUUGUCUUAUUUGUGUCUAAUCUGCUAUGCUUGAAAUCUGUGUGGUACAAUAGAAGAAAAUCUAUUACAGAUAUAUUAUGCAAAUUCCUAGGUUUUAAAGAAAAAAAUUACCCUAAUUCUAACCAGAGUAAACUUUUUUAUUUUUUUAUACAGUGGAAUAUUUUAUUCAAAGUAAAAUUCUAAAGUGAAUAUAAUUGUUUCAAGUUUUUUAUCUUUUCUACAGCAAAUUUAUAAUUUUACAAUUUAGUGUUUGGUUGUCAACAACUAUCACAUCUUUGUGGAACAUUUCUUUUUUUCAUUUUCUUCCUCUCUUGCUCUUCCUCUUUUUCUCUCCUUUUUACAAUUUGUAAAGGUGAAAUAAUGAGUUUUAUGUAGCAAUCGAAGUAUCCUGUGGAUUGAUAAUAAAUAUUACAUAUAGCUAAAUUUUAAAUAAAUACUUUGUCUACAUUUAUGAAAUGACCAGAAAUCAUAUAAGGGGUAAAUUGAGAAAUAUUUUGAUGAGCAACAAGCUUGAGCAAGGAGGAGUGAAUGAUGAAUGUCUGGGCUAAAAAAAUGUAUUGAAAACACAAAUAUUUAACAAAAUGCCAUGGAAUUCAGUCGGAGAAUUAUAUUCAGCAGGUCCUGAAAUAAAAUGAAUAAUAUUUCCUAGUUUUCAAACAUGAAACAUGUUAAAUGGCCUCAUGCCUCCUUUCAAAUAAAAUACUUCAUAUUUAAUUUAUGAAUUGUUAAAAGUACACAAUGUGUCAUUUUUUUCCAGAAUUUCAAAUACAUGCACUGAGGUUUGGGAUACUUUGCAAUUGAGCUGGAAAAUCUUAAAGACAUCAUGAAAUUCCUUCUGAUUUCCUCACCACAAAUAGAUCCUACUGCUUUAAAGAAGGGCUGUGCUCCCACCCCAAAUAUCAUGAAGCACUUUUUCAGAAUAAUUUUUGAAGCGCAUCCUAGUUCAUAUCCAACUUGCCGAUCAGAAUAUCUUUAUACGAGUUUUGGAAAGUGUCAAAAGUGUAGAAAAAAGAUUGUUAGAGCAACUUUAAUGUUAACUGGUAGACAACAUGGUAGCUUUAAUUCUGAAUUGUAAUUAAACAUAAAGGUUCUAUAGGGUUAAGGUUCUGGUUAUGAUUCCCACUUAUCCUCUAUAAUUGGUUUAAGAGAUUAACCCAAGUAUGGAGAUGAGCAGCAUCCAACACCAGCAAACAAAUCUCAGGCAUUAACAGUGGAAAAUGUUUAAAGAUACAGGAAGGACAGGAACAAAUUAGAUGAGACAUAAAACAUCUUCAAACUUGAAGAUUAUAUUUGGUUUAUUUUUAAAACCAGUAAAAACUUGAGACAAAUAUAGAAAAUGCUUUUUAUGAAAAGAUACUUAGCCUAGAAAUACUGAAGACAUACAAAGGGUUUUGUCUGGUUAGUGAAAUGGGCAUCAGUGGUGGAACAGAUGUUACAGGGCCAGUUUUAGAACCAAUUUGGAAAAAGCACGGCUGUAUGAAGAAAAGUAGGAUUGCUCACACAGUGUUGGACAUCUCCCAUUCAACGAUUGUUCUUUUGAAAAUAUUGCUUUCUUUGUUUGGUGCACCUCAAGAGAUCUAGUGACAGAUCUACCUUGUGCUUAUACUGGAGUUAUGGUUAUUAUUAUUGUAUAUAAUAAUAUAUGGCAAUUCUUGAAGUCUAUACUGGCUUUUGACUAUGCACAGAAAUAUUUUUCACAUGAAAUGGUUCCCGAAUAGGGCUUGACAAUCUCUGUGGUCUACAAGGAUUGUUCUUUGGGUAUCAAAAAUCUCACAAGAUUGCAUUUUUGCUUGAAAUAUCAUGUGAUUUCAGCAUACUUGCCCCAAACCUUGCAAUAUUGCAUCUAAGAAUACCAACAUUCUGUGCGAUUCAAUGAUUAUGAGAUGAGUAACUAUAUUUUUCUAAAAAAUUAAAGAUUUCAUAUUUGCUGUGAUGUCCACAGCUAUCAUGCAGUCUUUACUGGCUUAUUCACUCCUCAAAACCUGAUAAUGUAGCAAAUCCACAUAAAUUCAAAGGCUAAGAAUUGGUCUUUGAAGGUUUUUUUUUUUACAGAAACCAAUUUUUAAUUGAAAUGUAAAACAUCAACAAAACAAUUGUUUCACAUGCUUUUCUAUUAUUUUCUAUUCAUUUUAACCCGAACAAUCUAUUUGCAUCAGGGCUCAAAGACAAUUCUUUUGUUUCCCUAAAACAUUAAACAUGGUUGUAGAUUGUUUUAGUCUAAAUUUUAAAGUACAUUGUUUUAUGUCUAAAUUUUAAAGUAUGGUUUUUAACACUCCCCAAAUAGGAAUGUUGAAAUAAAAUUUUGUUUUGGAAAGUAGUAAAAUAAACAUGGUUGAUUUAAGAAGUUCAGUUUGAUUUGCUACCAUUUGCUUUAAUCAUUUGUGGAUAGAUUAGAAACUGGUGUGGUAUGCUAAAAAUAAAAUGCAAAUAAGUUAA